GUUGGGGUUCUCUUCACAGGUGCUGAGGUGGCAGCCUGAGCAGCUGAGAGGACUGAGACUUGAUGCCUGGGACUCUGCCCCCAUCCUCUUGUCUCUAGGCUAGAAGCUCCUGUCUCUUGGGCUCUCUGCCCUCCAGAGUUCUAGGGUCUGUGUCCCAACUCUUCUCUGUUGUCUCUUGGGGCUGGCACUGGGCAGGGCUUCUGUUCUAGUUUUGCUGGGCUGAGGGUGGGGUUGGAUUCCCAGCACAGCUGGGCCCUUAGGCUUCCCAGAACCCUGCCCCACCCUCUCAGCACCACAUUGUCACUCGGGCUGUUUUUUCCUGUCCAGGACCCUCCAAGGCCAGGCCAGGCAGGGUUGACUGGAAACAAGUGGGCCCCGUCUUCUCCACCUGGUUUACCAGACUUUGACCUGCUCCCCACCGCGAUGACCGCCCACAUCCUCAUGCUGUUGCUCCUCACCUCUGCUCUAGGGGACUCGGCCUCCGCAGGCAGGCGGCUCUGGCACCUGGUACCCCAGCACCGCGGCCGCCUCUGCUCCCUGGGCACAUGUCAGACGCACCGCCUGCCGGAGAUUAUAUACUGGCUGCGCUCUGCCUCCACCAAGGAGUCCUCGGGGAAGGCUGGCCGCAAGCCCCAGGACCCGCAUAGCUAUGGGCGCCGCCGGCGCGAGGCAGGAGCCCUGCUUCAUCCCCAGGACCCAGGCCGUCAGCAAGGGGGCCAGGACAGUGCCCAGCUUAUGGGGUGACCUCAGCACUUCUCUGCUCCUGCCCUGGCUUCAGUGUGUCCGCCUGUGUAGGAAGGCUACUAUCCCCAAGUUUCUUCUCCCCUUGGGGUCGUCUUCCUCAGCCUCUCUCCAGACUGCGACUGGGCUGUACCCAGAACCAGCCUGGACAGAACACUAACGUCCAGAGCUUAAUAA